AUGGCCACACAGCCAUUUCAGAAGCUGUGCUCAAUCCGCGGCACGUCCACCGUCAUCGCUGCAGCAGGCUCAAAGCUCCUUGGUAUCGAUCUGGCGAGCGGCAAAGCCAGCUGGAAGCUCCCUCGGUCCUCCUCGAGCUCUACAGAAAGCCACACAAAUGGCGAGGAGCCCACUUCUAAGCGGCGCAAGCUCGACAAUUCCCAUGCCGUGGCCGACGUGACCGCAUCAAUCUCGCGGGGCUCGUCUGAAGACUCUAUCAACUUCAAGACCGAGCGCCUGAAGGGAGAGCGCAAAAAGUCCAAGGUCGAGAAAGAAGCCCCGCCCCCCAACGUAUCUCACCUCUUCGCUACGCACAAUGGCAAGCAUCUUAUCGUCGUCACCGCGGAGGACAAGGCCGUCAGCAUCUACAACGUCAUCAGCACACCACUCGGAACCGAUCUCGUGCUGCAGUCCAAGCGACACAUGCCCAAACGCCUCUCUGCGGCGACGCUUACACCCGACGAGCGCUUCCUCGUGGUGGGCGACAAGUUUGGCGACGUCUACGAAUUGCCGCUGUUGCCCACGGAGGGAUGGGUGCCGCCAGAGAAGAAGACGACGGACGCCAAGAUCUUCGAGCCGUCGGCGACGGAGUUGACGGUGCACACGAAGGGGAACCUGCAGGCGUUGAAGCAGCAGAAGCAGCAGAAGGUGAUGAAGAAGGAACGGGAGGGUCUGUUGUUCGAGCAUCGGGUGCUGCUGGGCCAUGUUAGUUUGCUGACUGAUGUUGCGCUCGCGAGAAUCAUGGUUGAUGGCAAGGAGAGGCGCUUUGUGCUGACAAGCGAUCGUGACGAGCACGUGCGAGUGUCGCGCUACCCGCAGGCGCAUGUUAUCGAAGGCUUUUGUCUCGGGAUCAAAGAGUUUGUGAGCCGUCUCUGCGUGGUGCCGUGGGCUACGCAGUGGGUGGCUGUGGGGACUGGGGAGCCGAGUCUCAGGAUAUACGAAUGGUUGAGUGGCAAGCUACUGGAUAUGGACGACUUUCAAGGGGUUGCAGAGCUGCUCGAAGUGCUCUCGCCAUCAUCUGCACAGGAGAGCGAAGAUCGCAAGUUAGCAGUCUCGGGUAUCUGGCCGGUGUCGGUGGCUGAUGUCAACGCAACCGCUGGGAAAGCUUGUGGGCAAUUGCUAGUGGCGCUCGAAGGUGUGCCGCUACUGUUCUGCUACUCCAUCAACGCAGAAGGGAAAAUAACACCGUCCCAAAAGCUGGAGAUGGACGGUAAUAUCCUUGACGUUGCUGCUCUGGAAGCCCCCCCCAAUACCUCGUCUAUCGCUGUUAGCAUCGACACCGCUCACGGCGCCGGAUCAACAGCCUCGUACAUGCCAGACACGGCGACCAAGCGGGAUCCCGUCACAGUAUUCCGGCUUGAAUCACACGAGAACGGAGAGAAGUGGGUUCCAUCCGAGCAGCCCCCCACUAUGCGGACGGCGGUAGCUCAAGUUGGUGAACUCCCUGGCAUUCCCGAGGCAAACAGCAGCGGGCGACUGGACAGAAGGAAAGGGCCGUAUAGUCCAUUAGGGGAGUUCCUGUACGGGCUGGAGAACCUGCGGAAGAAGCGAGGCGAUGCGGCGCAGGACCCUGAGGAGGACGAUGGUGAUGAGGGAUUGGGGGAGGGUGGUGCGCCUCCGGACGUCUAG